AUGCUAUAUAACACCAAAUCCGAACGAUUUGGGCCAUCUAAGACCAAACCUAAACCAAAAUCAAACGAUAUGAGUCAUUGGAGACCAAAUCCAAACGAUUUGGGCCAUCCAAGACCAAAUCCGAACCAAAUUCAAAUAUCUGAUAUCCAAAUCCAAACCAAAUCCAAAUAUCUAGUAUCCAAAUCCAAACCCAAAUCCAAAUAUCAUAUAACAAAUCCAAACCAAAUCCAAACAUCUGCUACCAAAUCCAAAACCAAAUCCAAAACAUCAAAAGUCAAAUCCAAACCAAAUCCAAAUAUCAAAUAUCAAAUCCAAAUCCAAAUCCAAACCAAAUCCAAAAUUCAAACCCAAAUCCAAAUCUUCCAAAACAAAUCCAAAGCUUUGGGUUUGUUGCAUCCCUAUCUUAGUUUAUAUCAUCAUGAGAUUAAAACAGUUUGCUUAAUUUUGAUCAAUGGCCUAUCGUCAAAUUUUUACGGACUAUCCAAUGAGCGUAUUGGUUUCUCUUCAUCUCUUUUCUUUGACUCUGAAAAUUGGCUAACGCACAGACAUUUUUCCUGUUGUCACUCAAUAUAA